AUGGUGCAGGCCAACCAUCCGACCGCCGAAUGGACCAGCCUCCAGGACACCUUCUAUCGACGCACUGAGCUCUAUGCGCUCAAUUGGGGGAUCGACAGUCUUGCAGACUACGUCGUUGCAGCAUCUAGCAAUGGAGGGCUUAUAGCCCUUGUGCGUGAUCCAACGCGCCUCGUUUCUUUGGGUAAAGCGUCGCUCCUCAAACCAAAGAUCUUGGUCUACACUGCCGCUGGCCAGCUCAUCGAAAGCAUCCCCUGCGAUCCUUCCUUGCGCAUCAUUGCUCUCGACUUCAAUGCUCUCGAACAGCUCGUCGUAGUGCUCGAAGAGGGAACCGUUCGCCUAUACACCCUCCUCUCUCCAUGCCCAGCCUCUACCGACCAAGCGGCAGGCACAACAGCUUCCCGCAACAGGCCCGCGCCGAUUGAAGCCACUUCAAGUUCGUAUUAUACCCAGCAUUCACUCGGCACAGAGGCUACAGAGACCGGUGUCCUCGAUGCUUGUAUCUGGGCUGGCGGCCUGGUCGCUUACGUUGGAGCAAGACGUUUUGUGGAAUGGCGCUUCCCCGGAUUGCAUCUGGACCCCGAAGCUGGAGAGUAUGCUGGUGCGGUCAGUCUCAGUGGGGGAGGGGAAUAUGGAUAUGCACUUCCUUCUUUCGACAACGAUACAGCUCCCCCACCAAUUCCAGAGCUGUUACCACCUUUUGACCAAGCGCAGUCUCAGUCGCAGUCAACUCGACACUCCACCCAGCCGACUUCCUGGGCCAUCGUUCCACCCAACGUCUCACAGUCAGGCCUCACGACAGUGCUCAUCGCAAAAGGGCAGACCCUGCUCUCACUCACCCGCUCAGCCGCAGGCCCUUCUUCCAUCGAGACCGCAUGUCAGGACAUGCGCCUCUCUCGCGGUCCCUUCCAUGUUGUCCGCCCUUCACCUAACGGCAAGCUUCUGGCUCUCAUGACCGCCGACCUUGUCCUCUGGGUCGUCAGCUCCGAUUUCUCUCGCAGUCUCAGUGAAUUCGAAAUUCGUGCCAGUGAAGCGUAUCAAGAUGCUUCCACCGUCGACGAUCCAUUCCGCUCUAUGAACGGUGGGAGCACAUCCGCAGAGACCGGCGCAAGCAAGGGAGGCAUCGGAGGUAGUGGUGUUCGCGCUGUUCAGUGGUGUGGUAACAAUACCAUCGCUCUGGCAUUCAACGACGAGGUAGUCAUGGUCGGUCCUUUUGGUGAAUCAAUCCGCUAUCCUUACUCCGGCCCAACUCAUCUGGUCAGCGAAAUUGAUGGUGUUCGUAUCGUCGCCGCAGAUAGACACGAGUUCCUUCAAAAGGUCUCCGACGCGUCCAGCCGUGUCUUCCGGCCUGGCUCCAACGAUCCGGCGGCUUUACUCUUUGAAGCAGCUGAACAGUUCAGUGCAAAGAGCAGCAGGGCAGACGAGGGGAUACGUGCCAUCAGGAGCAGCUUGCCCGAUGCAGUUGAUUGUUGUCUUCGAGCCGCCGCCUAUGAGUGGGACCUCUCUUGGCAGAAGCGUCUCUUGAAAGCUGCAUCCUUCGGCAAGAGCUUCAUCGAGUUGUACGAUUCAACCGCCUUCGUGGACAUGGCUCGGACGCUGCGUGUGCUGAAUGCAGCGCGCAAUUAUCAGAUCGGCUUUCCUAUAUCAUACGAGCAGUACAUCACUGCAGGACCAACAGCACUGCUCUCACGGCUCACGGCUCACAAUCAUCACUUCCUGUCGCUCAAGAUCGCUCGCUUCCUUCAUAUCAGGCCCGAUCCGAUCCUCAAGCAUUGGGCCAGAGCCAAAAUCGCAAGGACGAGGCCUCCACUCGGCGGUUCAGCGUCAGCCAUCUCAGCCGCUGAGGAACAAUUGUGUCAAGAUAUCGUGCACAAGUUUCGCAUUGCGACAACCCUCAACGAGCAUGUUGGCGAGCUCGGUGCGCCCGAAGAUGAUCACGUUCCACCUGGCCAGUCUCUGUCGGCAACGGAACCUGCUGCAUCCUCCAAAGGGACGAGCCCUUCGUCCCGAGACCGCGGCGCAUCUGUGAGUUUUGCUGAAGUUGCCUGGACUGCCUGGAAGGCAGGACGAGGAAAUCUUGCCACCCGCUUACUCGAUCACGAGGCUCGUGCCAUCGACCAAGUACCGUUGCUGCUCAACAUGCGCGAGGACAAGCUCGCUCUUGUCAAAGCGAUUGAGUCCGGAGACACCGACCUGAUCUAUCAUGUCUUGCUACGCCUCAAAAGCCAGCUGUCCCGUGGUGACUUCUUCCGAAUCGUUCAAGCGCCCGUUUCCGAUGCCAUGCUACCACCUCCGGGACAGACGAAUAAUAACCGCUCGCGAUCCACAGUCAAGUUGGCUUCUGCACGCCAAUACCUCUCGUUGGCAUCCAACUUGCUCGAAGCAUAUGCCAAAGAGGUGGACCGUGACUUGCUGAAGGACUUCUACUACCAGGAUGACCGAAGAACCGACUCGGCCAUCCUCGCCCUCGAGGAAGCCAACGCGAUGCAGAACGUCUCCGAAAGCGAGCUGCCAGACAAGAUCUUCAAGCUCAAGACUGCGAUGAAGUUUUUUGGAGAGGAUAAAGAGAGGGUUCUCGAGGCCAAGCUCGUGGACGAACAGAUUCGUUUGCUGGCGUUCCAGCAAGCGCUCGAAAAAGAAGAUGGACAUCGCAGCCAGUACACUGGUCUGUCAUUAAAUGAGACGAUCCGUCAACUUCUCUUCCGCAACAUGUCAAAGAAGGCAGAAAAGCUACGGUCCGACUUCAAAGUGCCAGACAAGCGAUACUGGAACAUCAAGCUGGACACCCUCAUCCAAAGCAAGGACUGGGACGGGUUGUGGACCUUCGCCAAUUCGAAGCGAUCGCCAAUCGGCUACACGCCUUUCAUCGUCAAACUUGUUGAACAGAAUCACGUCCAAGGGUCUAUGCGAUUCGUGCCCAAGAUACAGGACAAGGCCGACCGCAACGCUUUCACCGCAUACUUGUCGAGGCUACCAAGCCAGGUCAUUGCGAAUCAGCUGUCAGAUUGCUUCAACGAGUAA